ACGAGCAACAUGGCGGCAACGGGCUCGACUGCAAGUCUUCGGCAGGCGCAGGAAGCCGGUGUAGAGGGGGAAUUCUGCAAAUACAGGUCCCCACUUGUUGCUAGAUAUGCUAGUCCUGAAAUGGCUUACAAUUUCAGUGACUUUAAAAAGUUCACGACGUGGCGGCAACUCUGGAUUUUCCUUGCGAAAGCCCAGCGGGCGCUGGGUCUCGACAUCACCGAAGAACAGAUCACUGAAAUGGAGGAUAACCAGAAUGGGAUUGACUUUGACCGAGCUGCUCAGGAAGAGAAGAAGCGUCGACAUGAUGUCAUGGCGCAUGUGCACACAUUUGCUGCCUCUUGUCCAAAGGCAGCGGGUAUCAUACACCUCGGUGCUACGUCUGCUUAUGUUGGUGACAACACGGAUCUCAUUAUGUUGAGGGAUGGUCUGGAUAUCCUCCUGCCAAAGGUUGCCCGGUGCAUUGACCGACUCUCCAAUUUUGCUAUGAAACAAAGGAGCCAGCCUUGCCUUGGGUACACCCACAUGCAGCCAGCACAGUUGACUACGGUAGGAAAGCGGGCAUGCCUAUGGAUCCAGGAUUUAAUUAUGGACCUUCGAAACCUACAGCGAGCAAGGGAGGACCUUCGUUUCCGUGGGGUCAAGGGGACUACAGGUACACAAGCCAGCUUUUUGUCUCUCUUGGACAACGACCAUGAAAAGGUUGAAGAGCUUGACAGAAUGGUGACAGAGAUGGCUGCAUUUAAGAAGUCUUAUAUGGUUUGUGGCCAGACAUACAGCAGAAAGGUUGACAUUGAGGUAUUAUCCCCUCUGGCUGGCCUUGGAGCCUCUGUGCACAAGAUUUGCACUGAUAUCCGACUAUUAGCGAGUAUGAAGGAAGUUGAGGAGCCAUUUGAGCGCGAUCAAAUCGGCUCAAGUGCCAUGCCUUAUAAGAGGAACCCGAUGCGUUGUGAGCGAUGCUGCUCCCUGGCGCGUCAUCUCAUGUGUCUAGUCCAGGAUCCACUGAUGACUCUGUCCACCCAGUGGAUGGAGAGAACAUUGGAUGAUAGUGCUAAUAGACGUGUAUGCCUACCUGAAGCCUUCCUGACUGCCGACAUCCUGAUGAAUACAUUACAGAAUGUAUCAGAGGGAUUGGUUGUCUAUCCCAAGGUGAUACAGAAACAUAUCAAGCAGGAGUUACCAUUUAUUGCCACAGAGAACAUUCUAAUGGCUGUAGUCAAGGCUGGUGGAAACAGACAGGACUGCCAUGAGGAGAUUCGUAAACUGUCUCAUCAAGCCGGUGCGGUGGUCAAGGAGGAGGGCAAGGAGAAUGAUCUGUUAGAACGUAUCAGAAAAUCGGAGUACUUCCGGCCUAUUCAUAAUCAACUUGAUGAUCUUGUUGAUCCCUCUGGGUAUAUUGGAAGGGCACCUGAGCAGACCAAGCGAUUCAUUGAUGAGGAAGUUACACCAGCACUCCGGCCAUUUUUACAGCGAUUGGAUGUAAAAUCGAGUCUCAGUCUCUGAACAUUCCAGGGCAAUCGUGACAUGCCAAUACAUUUCAUUUGUGAUAUCUGAAGAUAUAGUUCCUUCAAAAUAUUACUUGUUAUUUUGUUAAUAAAUGAAACAACUGACAGUAUGAAACCCUGUUAAUUUAGUGAUUAGAAAAUAUUUAAGCUAUCGCUGUCUUCACCUACCAAGUUUUAAUGCCACUUCUAGGCCGUGACAUUCACUUUUCAAUUGUGAUAUUUUGUACAGUGUAUAAAUGUUGAGGAGUCUUCCAUGCUAUAAAGCUCUUUUUCAUUCCUAAUGCACACGUGCAUUACAUGUAUUCUCUCAAGAAUUUCUUGCAUGAAAUGAAAAUGUCCUGAUUAGUAUAAACUUGCCUUCAGAUUGCCUUUAGUGCUAGUCUAAAAGAUUGUUCAAUCAUGCAAUCAUUUCCAUGUAUUUCUUUAUGGAUAACCUUGCGCUGUGAACCAAGUGUUCUGUUUAGAUUUCACAUGUCAUGAAAUGGCUGCAGUAUUAGCAAUGUAUUGUAUUGUAUCACUUCGUGUUCAACUUCAAUUAUGUGCAUAAAUAAAACAAGUUUGUUGCU